AUGCGUCCACGCGUGAAUGAGAGUCAAGCAGAGGCCGAGGCUUAUCUCGGCUCGAGGAUGAACCUGGACUACUUUGAGAUAGACACGAGAAAGACUGCAAAUGAAGCAGGCCCUGGCGACGGAAGCGAAGUCGAAGUUGCCGACAAAAUCACAGCUUCAGGUGCGUUGGAUGUAGAGGAACGACGUCUUCCUGACUGCCUCAUUAUUGGAGUUAGAAAGGGCGGUACAAGGGCUCUUCUUCGGUUUCUGGCGCAACAUCCCAAAGUCCGAGCAGCUAAACAUGAGGUUCACUUCUUCGACAGAUACUUUAGGUAA